ACCCGCAGCCAACCCCAGCAUUCUUCCCGCCCCUAGGGUUUAACCUCUCGCACCACCCGCCGCGGCUCUCGAAGCAUGUCGGCGCCGCCGUCGCUCAGGCCCCCGGCCGCGGCGGCCUCCGUCCCCGCUGUGGUCGUUGCUCCCUGUGCGACCGCCGCCCUCCCCAGCGCCUCCGCUCACACGACGCGGCGCCUCCGGUGUUCUGCCUCCGCCGCCGUCGCCGCCGGAGCUUCCACCGAGAUGGCUGCUCCCCUGGACUGGGCGGAGAGGUCGUUGGAGGAGCUGAGCAGCUUGGCGGACAACAACACGUUCUGCCUGAUGUCACUCUCGCCGCUGGACGGGCGGUACGAUCACUCCGUCAAGGAUCUGAUGCCCUUCUUCAGCGAGUUCGGCCUCAUCAGAUACCGUGUUCUCAUUGAGGUCAAGUGGCUGCUGAAACUAUCUCAAAUUCCUGAGAUCACUGAGGUGCCGCCAUUUAGUGAGGAGGCCCAGCUCUUCUUGAAUGCAAUUAUCCAGGAUUUUAGCAUUGAUGAUGCAAAAGAAGUAAAGAAAAUUGAGAAAAUAACCAAUCAUGACGUCAAAGCCGUCGAGUACUUUCUAAAGCAGAGAUGCAGCUCAAAUCCAGAGAUUGCAAAGGUAUCGGAGUUCUUCCAUUUUGGAUGUACCUCUGAAGAUAUCAACAAUUUGUCACAUGCAUUGGCUCUGAAAGAGGGGGUAAAUACAGUUAUGUUCCCUGCCAUGAUCGGCAUAUGCAAAACAAUGUGUUCCUUGGCAACACAAUAUUCAGUCCACUCUAUGUUGGCUCGAACUCAUGGACAGCCAGCAUCACCAACAACUGUGGGAAAAGAGAUGGCAAACUUUGCAGCCAGAUUAUCUGAUAUAGGGAAGAGUUUCUCGGAGGUGAAGAUACUAGGGAAAUUUGCUGGCGCUGUUGGUAAUUACAAUGCUCAUGUGGUUGCUUAUCCAGAAGUUGACUGGCCUAAGGUGGCAGAAGAGUUUGUUAGAUCUUUGGGUUUGCAGUUUAAUCCUUAUGUUACUCAGAUUGAACCUCAUGACUAUAUAUCAAAGCUCUUCAAUCUAUUCACCCAGUUCAACAAUGUGCUGACUGAUUUUGAUAGAGACAUGUGGUCCUAUAUAUCGUUAGGCUACUUCAAGCAGAUAGCAAAGGCUGGUGAAGUUGGUUCUUCUACCAUGCCUCAUAAAAUCAAUCCCAUUGAUUUUGAAAAUAGUGAUGGCAAUUUAUGUUUGGCGAAUGCUAUUCUGUCUGCUAUAAGCAUGAAGCUGCCAAUAUCCCGGUUGCAGCGUGAUCUGACAGACUCAACUGUUUUGAGAAACUUGGGUGUGGGAUUAGGUCAUUCGCUAUUGGCUUACAAAGCUACAACGCGGGGAAUCAGCAAGGUUCAGGUGAAUGAAUCACGUUUAGCUGAAGACCUGGAGCAAACUUGGGAGAUCCUUGCCGAACCAAUACAGACAGUGAUGCGAAGAUAUGGAAUACCUGAACCUUAUGAGAAGCUGAAGGAACUGACUAGAGGCCAAGCUGUCACCAAGGACAGCAUGCAGCAAUUCAUUGAUGGUCUCGACGUACAGGAGGAGGUACGAUCAAAACUUUCAAAGCUAACACCGCAAUCUUAUACUGGACUAGCAGAGAAUCUGGCCAAAGAUAUUGAGAAGUGUGUUGAUCUAGAAUCUGGAUUUAAGAUCAAGUGAGCGAAAAUCCUGACACUCCGAUAAUUUUCUCACUAAAAUAACAGAUGGAAACUCUAGAGAACAUUGCAAUGUAUUUUGGCCUUCAAGGGUUGUCCGCCACGCAAAUUUGGCUGGUGCUCGUUAUAAAGAUUAUUUGGUACGCGUGAAAAUUAUCAAGCAGAACGAAUGCUGGAUUUUUAAUCAGUAGUGCGUUGUUUUUGAGCGAUCUGACCUUAUAGUAUGGGUUACGGGAAGAA